ACUACCAAGUGCAUAUCAUCUAGACUUCAAAAAAAACUUCUUUCAUCUCUUUCUUUCUCUAUCUCUAACAUUUUCUUUCUGCAAAAUAGCAAAAAGAAUGGGUGCACUAGACUAUCUUUCUAACUUUUGCAGUGCCACAAGCACCAGAAGCACAAGCAGAAGCAGAAGAAAACCGAUGCAGACAGUUGAAAUUAAAGUUAAAAUGGAUUGUGAUGGAUGCGAAAGAAGGGUCAAGAACUCUGUUAAAUCCAUGAAAGGUCUCUCCACCUCCGGCGUAAAGAGUGUGGAGAUUAACAGAAAGCAAAGCAGAGUAACAGUUAAUGGAAAUGUGGAUCCAAACAAGGUGUUGAAGAAGAUCAUGAGCACCGGAAAACGAGCAGAAUUCUGGCCGUACAUACCUUACAAUUUGGUGAGUUAUCCGUACGUGACUCAAGCCUACGACAAAAGGGCUCCCGCCGGCAACGUUAAGAACGUCGUUCAAGCCUUCUCCGUCCCUAACACCACCGAUGAACAGAUGACUCAUCUCUUUAGCGACGAUAACCCUAAUGCUUGUUCAAUCAUGUGAUCAGUUUAAUUCCUUUUUUAUUUUUUGUUAUAUAUGUGGUAAUAUUAUAUGAGAUCUAUAUAUGCUUAAAAUAAAGUAAACAAUUUAUUAAAUUAAUGGAUCUGUUUUUUUUAUUUCAAACUGAUCCAUUAAACGUUAAAGAUCAUAAUCCCAAAUAAAAUAUAUUUUUUAUUGCUCU